AUGCCCCACGCGCGUUACGUAAAUGACGUAAAUCACGCAUGGCAAUCGCCGAAUCGUGACCUGCACGACACAAGGAUUUAAUUAUGAGAAACAGGGAAUAAUCAUCAACGCGAUUAUGAGAAAAAAUAAUUGACGUUUCUCUGAUAAAGACGCAAGUAGUGCAAUUCUCGUACCAGACAAUCGCAUACCGUGACGUCGCUGGUUGCUGUUGACAUUCAUUAUGUAUGCCAGAUUCGCUCGUCGAUUUUCCCAAGGAUUCGUGCUGGCUCUGUCGCGCAGAGACGCGAAAGGCGUACUGGAAACGGCGGAAAGCCACGGGCGAUUCCUAGAAAUUAUAUCUAAUCGCCCGAUCGACAAUCUGACACGAGGUUUGCACUUCUCAAAUUUACCUCUUCGGGCAGCGGAUGUCACGAUGAGCAGCGGGAAGGUGUUUAAUGUCGACUACGAGCAGCUCCUGGAGGCGCAAAAGGAUAAAGAUGUCCUGAUCGUUGACGUUAGGGAACAGAAUGAGAUAAACGAGACCGGGAAAUUACCUGGAAGCAUUCACAUACCGAUGAAUGAUGUCUCCAACGUGCUGCUCAAUCUCUCGGAGGAGGCCUUCAGGGAACAAUAUGGCAAACGUAAACCUACUAAGGGCACAAAGAUCAUACUUAGUUGCCGAUCUGGAAGAAGGAGUGGAAUGGUGCAAGAAGCAAUACAGAAAUUAGGAUACGAAAAUGCGUAUAAUUAUACUGGAGGCUGGCUAGACUGGGAAAGUAAACAGAAAAGCUGAAUGAAAAAAUGAAAUUAUGAUUAUAACGAUAUUAUCAUAAUAUUCUCUUUUAUAUUUUCAAUACUCAUACCGCAGCAAUUCUUCAAUGUUAUAAUAUGUUAAAAAAUAAACUAUACUUAUAUAUUUAUAAAA